AUGCCUCGUCCGACGUCCCGCUCCGAAAUUCUCAAUCGACUUCGCAAAGUCAUAUCCGAUGGCGGAAUCAUUGUCGGUGCUGGAGCUGGGAUUGGUCUUUCCGCCAAGUUUGUCGAGCAAGGCGGAAGCGACUUGAUUAUUAUCUACAAUUCGGGCAGAUUCCGCAUGGCCGGUCGAGGCUCUCUGGCUGGGCUGAUGCCGUAUAGUGAUGCGAAUGCGGUAGUUGUUGAUAUGGCUCGAGAAAUCCUACCAAUCGUCCAGAACACCCCGGUACUAGCUGGUGUCUGCGGAACCGACCCAUUCCGGAGCAUGCCCGAAUUCCUACGCCAACUGAAAGAUAUUGGGUUCUCAGGCAUUCAAAACUUCCCUACCGUCGGCCUCAUCGAUGGCAAGUUCCGACAGAACCUGGAAGAAACAGGAAUGGGGUAUGACAAGGAGGUGGAGAUGAUUCGCCUGGCACGCGAGAUGGAUAUCCUGACGACGCCAUAUGUCUUCAACACCGACGAGGCAGAGCGUAUGGUGCGUGCUGGGGCGGAUGUGCUCGUUGCGCAUGUUGGGCUCACGACGUCGGGGACGAUUGGGGCAGCGACGGCGCUGACGCUCGAUGACAGUGUCACGAUCGUGCAGGAGAUUCGCGAUGCGGCGGUCGCGAUCAACCCGCACAUCAUCGUCCUUUGCCAUGGUGGUCCUAUUGCAGAGCCCCAAGAUGCUGAAUACGUGCUCAGCCGGACGACCGGGGUACAUGGCUUUUUUGGCGCGAGUAGCAUGGAGCGCCUGCCGGUGGAAGUGGCUAUUCGAGAGAAUGCGCGGGCCUUUAAGAAUUUGAAGAUUGAGCGGCAAGCUUAG